UGACACCGAUAAUCAUUUUGUUUGACAAAUGUAGCACAAAUUGAAAAUAUUUCUGAACCGGCGAUUUCACUAUAUAUAUUCUUGAAUUAUUCGUUUCAGAGGACAGUGUACAUUACUCGUCUUGAUCGAAGUGUCCAAAGCAGUUGUAAUGUAGUUUGUUUACAUCACACGAGUUUUGAUAUUGCACAAUAGUAGGGUUCGUUACAUGGGCACCAGCGGAGCCUCCGUUGUACAAAGAUGCCUGCACACUCCGAAGAUGACGAAGAUAAGCCCUGCAGGGCGUGUUCUGACUUCAAGACUUGGGCUAAAAGUCAGAAUAAAGUGACUUUCACAUCUCCUACAAAACAGCCUAAACCACGGCCAAAGGACUGUCCUUUAGACAAGGAUGAAAUCGGCACAUCAACAUGGGCAUUCCUACACUCUAUGGCAUCGUACUACCCUAAGAAACCAACGAAAAAGCAAUCCGAAGAUAUGGCGAGAUUCUUCAAUAUCUUUGCACAGUUCUACCCGUGUGAACCAUGUGCUCUUGACUUCCAAGCUGACAUUAAGCAACACCCACCAAGAACAGAGAACCAAGACACACUAGCAAAAUGGCUGUGUGAGCGUCACAAUACUGUAAACAUUAAGCUUGGCAAGCCUGUGUUUGAUUGCACAAGGGUACAUGAGAGAUGGAGAGACGGCUGGGUUGAUGGCUCUUGUGAUUAACAACAUGUCUUCACAGAACAAAUGUUGAAUAUUGAGCAUUGAGAGUUUCUUUACUCUUGACAUCAUUGAUGUUUUUUUGUUGGGUCCCAGAUAUGUGAUAUUAAAGUUUAAUAUAUUUAUUUUAACUUUGUAAAAGAUUUACAACUAUAGACCCUUUGAGAAAUGCUUUGUUGCAUAUUACUGAGCUUGUAAUUGACAUACUACUAAUUCCACAUUUGUCUGUGAACUUGAGAAAGCCUAGUAUAAUAGAGAGUUGUAAGUAAUAUUAGUUCAGUGUUUUAGUCACUAUGUGAUCACCUCAAGCAUUUUAUUGUAGUAUUAAAGAAACUUGUGAUUUUCAUUAGACAUUGCAGUUCAAAUGAGUUUUGUACAAUUGUAUAUGUGUGUCAAAGUGUACCUAUUGUUGUUACUAUUUGUUAACAUUAAUAAAAUAUGACACUCUAUUGAGCA